CUGGAUUCAAGGAAUACAAUUUGCGAAAAGAGAGCUCCAGGCAUCUGCAUUUUUUUUCCUUUCAAGAAAGAGAAGGAGGCUUGAGAAACAGAACGCUAAAGUUUGUUUUAAUUUAAUUUUUAUCUUUCUAUUUUGCAAAGCAAGAAAAAAGAGGGGAGGGCUAAAGAAAGACACACAAGCAGAGCGAGCAGGCAGACAGGAAGUGGAGCAGAGAAGGAUGCCCAGGCGGAAGGCAGCGUCGGGCUCGUCCACGGCCUGGGACAGUGCCAGCUCGGGCAACGGGACGGGCACGUCUCGCAGGCGGCCCGGCUCCGCUCGGGGGGCUCCUCCAGCCAAGAAGAAGACCCGGGAUGAGACGGGGAGCAGCAGCAGCAACGGGGGCGAUGGGAGCAGCGGGGAUGAGCGGGACGGGCUGGCGUUGCCUCCUGGCACUGCUGCUCCCACGGCUGCCGGAGGCGGCAAGAAAGUAGCCCGGCCUCGAGGGACAGGAGACCAGCAGCCGCCCCAAAACCAGCAGCCCCCCCAGGCCGCCAUGGUGGUCAGCGAGCCCGAACACAGCAAGGAGCACAUUAAACUUGAAGGGUCCAAGUUCAAGGGUCAGCUUCUGAUUUUUGGAGCAACCAACUGGGACUUGAUCGGUCGCAAAGAAGUGCCUAAGCAGCAAGCUGCAUACCGUAACCUGGGCCAGAACCUGUGGGGGCCCCACCGGUACGGAUGCCUCUCAGGGGUCCAGGUGCGGACCGUGAUUUCAGGACCGUGCGCAGCACACAGCCUCCUCAUCACCACCGAGGGAAAGCUUUGGAGCUGGGGACGGAACGACAAAGGCCAGCUGGGCCAUGGGGAUACCAAGCGGGUGGACGCCCCGAAGCCCAUUGAGGUGCUUGGCAGUGAAAUCGUCGUCUCGGCAGCCUGUGGGCGAAACCACACGCUAGCCCUGACAGAAAGUGGUUCUGUGUUUGCCUUUGGGGAGAACAAGAUGGGACAGCUAGGCCUUGGCAAUCAGACCGAUGCAGUCCCCAGUCCCACCCAGAUCAUGUACAACGGACAGCCGAUCACCAAGAUGGCAUGUGGGGCUGAGUUCAGCAUGGUGAUGGACUGCAAAGGAAACCUGUAUUCGUUUGGAUGCCCUGAAUAUGGACAGCUGGGACACAACUCCGACGGGAAGUUCAUUGCCCGGGCCCAAAGAAUAGAGUAUGACUGUGAGCUUGUUCCCCGGCGUGUCGCCAUCUUCAUCGAAAAGACGAAAGACGGCCAGAUCUUGCCCGUCCCAAACGUCGUCGUGAGAGAUGUGGCCUGUGGAGCGAACCACACGCUUGUCUUGGACUCACAGAAGCGCGUCUUCUCCUGGGGCUUUGGUGGCUACGGGCGUCUGGGCCACGCUGAGCAGAGAGACGAGAUGGUGCCGCGGCUAGUGAAGCUUUUUGACUUCCCAGGCCGUGGGGCAGCCCAGACCUACGCAGGAUACACCUGCUCCUUUGCGGUCAGCGAAACAGGUGGCCUCUUUUUCUGGGGAGCCACAAACACUUCCCGGGAGUCGACGAUGUAUCCCAAAACCGUGCAGGAUCUAUGUGGCUGGAAAAUCCGUAGUCUGGCUUGUGGGAAGAGCAGUAUUAUAGUGGCCGCAGAUGAGAGCACCAUCAGUUGGGGCCCAUCUCCAACCUUUGGAGAACUGGGCUACGGAGACCACAAGCCCAAGUCCUCCACUGCAGCUCAAGAAGUAAAGACCUUGGAUGGGAUCUACACAGAGCAAGUGGCCAUGGGCUACUCCCACUCGCUGGCGAUCGCCCGCGCCGAGAGCGACGCCGAGAAGGAGAGGCUGAAGAAGCUGCCCGAGUACAACCCCCGUACGCUCUGACGCAGGGUGCGUGCCUCCCCCUCCUCUCCCCCUCGACGAGGCAGCUGCCACUUCCAAUGUGCACUGGGACGCAGAAAGCCGUAUGCAGAGAGAUUACGGACACCGAUACGCGUUUUGUUAGACUGCCCGGGAUGCCGGGUUUUAUAAGCAAUUUGAAGUUUUAACUCCCUGUUACUUUGUUCCCCGCUCCCCCCACCCCUCGGCCUGCUCCAUCCUUUCCAUGAGAUAAUUUCUUUUGUAUUUCGCAUUUUGCUUUGCUUUGGGGUGGGGGUCGUGGAGGGGGAAAUGCGUCGAAAAGGUCUGCUUGUCUUUUUGAGUUCGUGUUCUGGUGGACAUGGCGGAGCCGUUUGUCAGUGCUUUUUUCUGGGUGCGUCUAUGUGUGUGUGAAGAUGGUUUUGGUUAAGCGGCAGGCCGGCAGCAUUUCAGCAGGUUGGAACUGGUCAAGUUCCAACUGUAAAGGGUUUCCACCUUUGUACGGCAGCCCCGUGGCAGUAUUUCACUCCUGUUCUUAAGGAAGCAGAACCCCCCUGCCAGAGGGUUACUGGUCAUUUUUUAAUCUUUUCUGGCCCUCCUCGUCCAUUCUCUCUCUCUCUGCCUCCUGGCCUCAACCCAGAGCCCCACAGACCACAAUCCACUGGGAAUGGUCCACAUUGGCAUUUAAGACUGGACUUGAUAAGACUUUUUUUCAAAUUCACCCCCACGGACGAACAGUGUACACACGUCGUUUCUCUGCACAUCACCACACCUUUUCAUGGGUUGGGCCGUUGUAUUUUUUUCUGCUUCCUGCAUGAGGGAUUCCCCUCACAGCUAGAACUGUCCACGAGUUUGCGAUUGUGAAGUUUGCCUACCACGCCAGGUCUCUUCAGACGCUCCAGCGUCAUCGUAAGUGGUAUGAAUGUGUAGCUGAAUAGGGGGGAAGCGUCCUUUGAGCUGGAGUGAUCUCCCCGUUUCCUUUUUAUGGGGCAGAGACUUUGCUUGAAGGAAUCCCCCGCCUGUCUGUUGGUUGCCUCCACAUCUUCACUUCCUACUCUGCCACUGUUUCCUCAGUAUUUUCUGGGCCAUUCUGUUGGAAUUGUACAGGGAAUUCCUUUAAUUAGAUUCGAGAGCUGCAUAUGUAGCCAUUUGGGCAAUUUCCACCUGCAUUGGAGUCAAUCUCCCAUAUUGCAGAUUUCUGCACAACCUUCACACCCAAGUUCCCACUUUUGUGGGUCCUGAUUUCGGGAGUCCUUCCCUUUGCAGUUUUGCAGCCAGCUUUGAGGUUGCUUGCAAAAAGGGAAUUCUCAGCAUCUUGGGUAAAAAACAGUAGUUCCUGAUCUUCUGAGAGGAAAGCCAGAAAAGUACAUUUCUACCCCAGCCUUGCAGGUGGUAUGUUUCCAUCCCCCUCGUAGUUCCAUCAGUUACUUGCUCUUCCUCUGUUCGCUGUCGGAAAAAGUUGGUGCCUUGUAAACAGAACACACUGCUCUGUCUCCAUAUAAACACCCCCCUCUCUCCCCUUCCCUUUUGCUCCUGUUGCAUCUUGUUGCUAACAGGUUGCAUCAGGAAGUCUCUAGAAGCAACGUGAGCUGAUGCCACGUUGCUUUUACCAGCCUAGAAUUCUCGGAAGGUUGGAUUAUGCAGAAACGCUAGGUGGAGAGUUAUCCUACGGUUUGAGGAGGGUCUGAAUAUUGCAUUAUUAUCUGCCUUAUUCUUUUUAAAGUUGGUUAAAAUGUGUAUGUGGGCAGUUUACUUCUAUGUUCCUGUUGUCGAUUCACGUCAAGUUUGCUAUUCGUUUCUCUCCCACCUACCCCUUUUGCAAAACGAUCCCGGGGAAUGGACAUAAGAAGAAGCAAGCAGAGAAACAGACUUAGGAAUAAUUUAUUGGGGGGAGGGGCAGAAGGAGGGACAGGACAAAGAGGUACUUCUUCACCAAAGAGUGUGUGUUUGUAUAAAAGAAAAGGACAUUUUUUUGGGCUCCCUUCUGCCUACCCAGUGCAAAUGCUCCAGUUGCAGACCUUUCUGAUGCCUCUUUCUUUCUCCUUGCUGGGGGAGAGUGAAGGGAAAGAGCUCAGACAGAAAAGAAUCAUUUUGGAUUUACACGAGAUGGGAACAGUUCCUAGCCUAGUUGCUCCCCCUGCUUUUUCCCUCUUCCUUUUUUUAUAUUUCUCAA